AUGAGCACAUUUCAGCUAUCGGCAUCUUCUAAAGAUUCUUAUCUCUUCAGAACAGAGGAGGAGCUGGAGGAGGAGGUGUACGGAAAGACUGGCUUUUUCAAGCACAUAAGAGUGGCACGAAACGAAUGGCCUAGGGUUCUGUAUCUGUCUCUUCUAUUUGGAGUCAUAACAAUGGUGCAUACAAUAAUGGGAAAUCUGAGAGAAAUGGUUCUUAUGGGGAGGCAGGACCCUAUGUCCAUGUUCUUUAUCAAGUCUAUCUUUCUUCCGCCAUGCUCUCUGCUCUUCAUCUGGGCCAUUCAACUAGGACUGAGCCUCUUCACUCCAUCCAAGAUGUUUGACAUCACCCUGAUCCUCUUCUCCGGAUGUUACAUCCUUUUCGGGCUAGUUGUGUGGCCGCUCAAGGGAUACAUACAAAAGGACUUCUACUGGUCAAGAGACAUCUUUGGGGACGGAAAGAUGGAGUCUCUCAGGAUCCAUUUUCUGUAUCCCGUCUUUCUGGUUUUCAACGAGUGGACGUCUUCAUUCCUCUUUCUGUGCUCGGAGAUGUGGGGAGCUCUAGUAGUGUCAUACUUCUUCAACAUCUUUGCCAACGAGGUGUCGACAAGGAGGCAGUCCCAGAGAUAUAUAUCGGUCUACAACAUAUCGAAUGCCAUAUCUAUUUUCCUGUCUGCCGUUCUUACAUUGGUAUUCAACAAGUGGCGAGAUGGGGUUGCAUUUGAGACGAAGGAGCUGGGAUUCAGGAUACUGAUCUUGGUGCUAGGCUCCACGGUGAUCGGGAUUCUCGCAUUGAAGAAGUACAUGGAGAGGGAGAUCCUCCCAGCCCCUGUGUUUCUGAUCAGGGAAGUAGAAAAGACGAGCACCGAGCGGAGGAAGCUCAAACUGGACGAGGCUCGGCAGACCCUGUCCCGAUCAAAGCUGCUGAUUGCCAUAUCCUUAAACGUGCUUCUUUACGGAGUUACCUCUACCCUGGUCGAGGCAACAUUUAAAAGUGGGAUAGCAGCAGGAGCCAGAUACACAAACAACUCAAAAGAAACAUUUGCAAACUUCUACAACGGGCUGGAACAGAUAAUAAUUGCCAUAUCUCUGCUGGUGGUUAUCAAUACACCAUACUCUGCCCUGGUCAAGAAGGGGGGCUGGAAAUAUCUAGCGUCUCUUCCAAUAGUGAUAGCCAUGUUCUCGCUCUUUUCUGUGUUUCUGAUUGCCUUUUACAACGUAGGAGCAGACAGUGGGGGGAAUGUGCUGUUUGGAUCUCUCUUCAAAAACAGAAUGCCUACAUUUAUCCUCGAAAAUACUCUUGGGCUUGUAACAAAUGCAUCCAUGAAGAUAGGGAAGUACCUUGGGGCAGAUGUUUCAAAGGAAGCCAUUUCGAUGCAGAUAGAUCCCCUGUACAGGGCAAAGUACAAGGCUGUCUACGACGGGCUCUGCGGAAAGCUUGGGAAGUCUCUGGGAUCCAUAAUAUGCACGGUUAUGACAGGGCUGUGGGACAUAACGGACAUCCGCAGGGUGUCAAGUGUGUCAGGAAUCCUUAUUGUUAUCAUAAUUGCAAUGUGGUAUUUCAUCCUAAAAUACCUGAGUAGACAGUUCCAAGCUGCUGUAGAGGCCAACACCUAUAUUGAACUGGAUGAAUUUUGA